CAGAAAUGCACUCUGGGUCAAACAUGGCAGCCUGCAGGGUGCCGCUGGAUUACUGCAGAGCUUAGCGAUUAUUUUAUCCUAAUAACCUUGUUAUCGCCGAAAUAAGCAUAAAAAUGUUUCAGUUGCUUUGGUGUAGAGCAAGCAGUACUGCUACAUUGCGGUCAUUGUCGUUACAUUCGCGAAGCACUAAAACAGCAGACAUUUGGAGGCUUUCACGGUGGUACACAUCUCCAGGGUCUAAUGCCUACAGCUCCUUACAGCGGCCUGGCAAUGCUGUCAGCCGCAUUUGGAGCCAGACUCAGAGAGCUGUCCGCCAGUCUGCCACACGGACAGCUAAACCCCCAGGAGUGGCUCUCAAGUUCAUCCUGGGACCAGCAGCACUCACUGUCUCAGCACGGCUGUUUUGCCAUGUAGCUCACUGCGAGGCAGAUGUGAAUAACAACACCCCAGUGGAAGCUGUAGCCAAACAGACUGUGCCUGAGUUCAAAUGGCAUAUCUUGUGGGAAUUUCUCAAACCUCAGCUGUUUGCUCUCAUCGGUGCUGUUGUGCUUGCUUUUGGUGCAGCGAUUUUGAAUAUUCAGAUUCCUCUGAUGCUUGGGGAUCUGGUCAAUGUUGUGGCACGUUACUUGAGAGAACACUCUGGGAAUUAUAUCCAUGAGAUAAGAGGUCCUGCUCUGAAGUUACUUGGACUGUAUGGUUUCCAAGGCCUGCUGACGAGUGGCUACAUCAUCCUGCUUUCUAGGGUUGGGGAGCGAGUGGCAGCAGACAUGAGGAAGACCCUUUUUGCAUCCUUGCUGAGGCAAGAUGUGGCUUUCUUUGAUGCCAAUAAAACGGGGCAGCUGGUGAAUCGUUUGACUGCCGACAUUCAGGAGUUUAAGUCGUCCUUCAAAUUGGUUAUUUCUCAGGGUCUGCGGAGUAUUACACAGACAGUUGGAUGUUUUGUCUCGCUCUAUGUCAUCUCCCCAAAACUCACAGGUUUGACAGUAGUUGUCCUCCCGUGUCUAGUGGGAGCUGGAGCUCUCAUUGGUUCAUUCCUUCGCAAACUAUCCCGUUUGGCUCAAGAACAGGUGGCAAAAGCAACAGGAGUGGCAGAUGAGGCUCUUGGUAAUGUGCGUACAGUGAAAGCUUUUGCAAUGGAGGAACGGGAGCUCCAAUUAUAUGCAUAUGAGGUUGACAAAUCAUGUGACAUGAAUGAAAAUCUUGGUGCUGGAAUCGCUGUUUUCCAAGGACUGUCAAACAUGGUUCUGAACUGCAUCGUUCUAGGAACUAUAUUUGCUGGAGGAACUUUAAUCUCGAGCAAUGAAAUGUCUCCUGGAGACCUCAUGUCUUUCUUAGUUGCUUCCCAGACUGUUCAGAGGUCUUUGGCCAGUAUUUCCAUCCUAUUUGGACAGAUGGUGAGAGGACUUAGCUCUGGGGCCAGGGUUUUUGAAUACCUUGCUUUGCAGCCUACAAUCCCCCUCUGUGGAGGAGGACGCAUCCCAUACCAUUCUCUGACAGGAAGAGUGGACUUUAUGAACAUUUCAUUCAGUUAUCCAACAAGACCGGGCCAUCAGGUCUUACAGAAGUUCAGCUUAACGCUGCCACCUUCUAAGACUGUUGCCAUUGUUGGAGAAUCUGGUGGAGGAAAGUCAACCGUGGCGUCCUUGCUUGAGCGUUUCUAUGACCCGACCAGUGGUGUGAUCAUGUUGGACGGACUCGACAUUCGAACACUCGACCUUUCCUGGCUCAGAGGGCAGGUCAUUGGGUUCAUCAAUCAGGAGCCAGUUUUGUUUGGAUCGUCCAUCAUGGAGAACAUCCGCUUUGGGAAGCCUGAAGCUACGGACGCUGAGGUCAUAAAUGCAGCAAAACAAGCCAAUGCUCACCGCUUUAUCACAGGGUUCCCAGAUGGCUACAACACGGUGGUUGGUGAGAGAGGUGUGACGUUAUCAGGUGGCCAGAAACAGCGCAUUGCCAUUGCCCGCGCCUUGAUCAAGAACCCCAGCAUCCUGGUGCUGGAUGAAGCCACCAGCGCUCUGGACGCAGAAUCAGAACGAGUGGUGCAGGAGGCUCUGGACAGGGCCACAAGGGGUCGCACUGUGCUCAUCAUCGCCCACCGACUCAGCACCAUUCAGGGGGCUGACCUAAUCUGUGUCAUAAGCAAUGGUCGCAUUGUGGAGGCUGGAACACACUUGGAACUGCUGGGCAAAGGAGGACUUUAUUCAGAUCUGAUCCGCAGACAAAGAGCUGAGGGCCAGAAAUGAAGAGAACCAAAAUUGUUUACAGUAGAUAUAAAUAGCAAAAAUGGAAAGUAUUUCGAAAUGCAUAGGAAAGGCCUACAUGGACAAAUGGAUAAUGUAAAAUGUAUUUUAAAUUUACCAGGUCUGUGUCUAGUUUUAUGGCAAACCUACAGAUUUAUAUAUGUGAAUGUAUAAGUGGACCAGCUGGAUCAGCCAGUGAUGAUUACCAAAGUACACUACUUUUCAGUUUCUAACUUAAAAGUGAAUUUCAUAUCACUGUUAUCUCUUAUCCUGUAUAGAUUGGUAAGUUAUAAUGUACUAGAAAAAAAGAAUUAAAUUUGAUUUUAAUGACAGAAUAUUGUAAUUUUCUUUUUUUAAAUUGAUCAUCAUAAUAAUAGAUUUUCUUAUCACAAAUAGAGUUGAAUAAACUAAACACUGAUGAGUAUAGAUAGUGCCAUUUUUUUGUAGUGAUCAUAGAAUUAAAAAACUUUGAAUCUGAUAUCUGGGAAGAACUGCUGUUCCUUAUUCAGAUCAAAGCUAUUCAACUGUAUUUUAAAGCUGAAAUCUACUUUUAUGCAUAUGAUUUUACUGACUAAAAAUUAAAUCUGGUCACAGCAAGUGAAAACUAGAAAGUUUUUAGCCACUAUUCACUCCUACAGACAGUGUUAACAUGCAAUAAAGUUUUUGAGUGUAGUAUGACUUUAA